AUGGCUCUGGAUGACCCCCAGCAGCUUGCUGACUUAACAGGGAUAAUGGUCAUGUCAUCAAUAUUACUUGUGAAAGGAGGAGCAGGGUGGGUGUCAAGAAUGUUCCAUCAAUUGAUUUUCCUGCUAUUUGUAAUUUCACUGUCCUCUCCCUUGACAGCAAAACCCUUAAAAUAUGCAUGCCACCCAAAAGACUGUGAAAAGGCUUCAUUUGUUCCUGGUCAUACCUUACUGGGAGGAGGCUUAAAUAUUGUCACAAUGAAGAGAACCCAUGCUUUCCUCCUGGACCUGCAGACUUAUAAAAAGAAGAACCAAACCUGCACAUAAUGUAAAAAUAUCCAUCAUCAAAAUGUCCUGGAGAAAAUUCCAAUAGCCAUGAUCGACUGGCAACCCCAGAGUUCAUGUUCCAAAUCAAUCACUAGCAGCAACUCCCACUCAAAAGUAUCACUGGCCAACCAAGAAACCUCGUCCAUUUCCAAUAACUGGAAACAAGGACUUGAUCUGUUUAGUCAACUAAAUGUGGCAAUUGGUGGUUCCCACUCUUAAAUGGCAACAUUUGCCGAGACAAAAGCUAUCACUGACAAAUAUGAAUUCCUCAGCAACGAACUUCAAUGCUCGUUUUACAGCUAUCGUCUUUCUCCAGAUACACCACUGAGCCGUGACUUUGCUAAGGGCGUACACCAGCUCCCGGCUUCAUACAACGCAACCACCAAGGAGAAGUACCAUAAUCUCAUAUCAACAUUUGGAACCCAUUACAUUACCCAAGCCCAGGUAGGGGGACGACUUAAGGAAGUCACUGCCAUAAGGACCUGCCAAGUGGCUAUGAAUUCCCUGAAAAUCAGUGAUGUCAAAGACUGUCUGGAAUUAGAAUCAGCGAACACAGCUAAAGGUAAAACAAAAAAUGCCAGUGGCAGCAUGAACCUCAAAUUGUGCAAGGAAAUGGCAAAAGACAUGAGCCAAUGAAGUAAUUUUCAUACAACAUUCAAUGAACGAAUGUUUGAGGUUAAAGGUGGUAGAGCUACAUUGAAUCUGUUUGAUGAGAAAUCCGGAGGAAAGCCUGGAGUAUUUUCAGCUUGGAUGGAGAGCCUCAAAACUAUUCCUGAUCUGGUUACUUUUUCUCUCAAACCAAUCCACAAUUUAGUGAGAUUCAGUGGUCCUCAGAAGGAUAAUCUCAAAAUAGCUGUCAGUAACUAUAUAAAUGGGAUGGCUUUACAUAUGAAAUGUUCCUGCUCAGGAAAUGCUCAUCAAAGCCAUAAUGGGGACUGCUCCUGUUUCUGCCCAGCAACUAAAUAUGGAAACUCAGACUGCUGCCCAACCAACAAAGGCCUGGCCCAUCUGGUACUAAAUGUUGAUAAGGCAAGUGGUUUGUAUGGUGACUAUUUCGGAAAAUCAGAUGCCUAUGUGAUAUUCAAGUUUGAUGACCAUGAAGAGAAGACAAAAACUGUGUGGAACAAUGAUAAUCCCGCCUGGAAGGACAGUUACCCAAUUGGUAUGGUGGAGCUCAGUGCUGUGAAAAAGUUCACCAUAGAGGUGUGGGAUGAAGACUAUGGGUAUGAUGAUGAUUUACUUGGCAAGUGUUCUGAGCCCUUGAUGUCAGAAUUCUCCAAAAAAACCUGCCGUUUGGAUUAUGGAACUUUAUCCUAUAGCCUAAAUGUCACUUGUGUCACGCACCUUCAGGGUAACUUCUGUCAAGACUACAGACCAGUUCCACCCUAAUGUAUUUCUUGUUGGGUUACAUCUGUCUGUCACCCACCUAAUGAGUGACAUUACAUUGUAAGAACCUUUUCUAUAAGA